UAAAAACAAAAUUUAUUCAAAAAAUAUUUAAUUUUUUUGAUAAAUUACUUAUUUAUUUUCCUACAAAAGAACAAAAAGUCGCAAAUAUUUUAUUCCAAAUAUAUUUUAUAUUUCUUUAGUAUAUUCUUCAGGAAUUUUUAAAUAAAGAGAUCUCGUAACAUAAAAAUAAUGAUAACACGUCAAAUCAUUUAUUGAUAUCAAUAUUAAAAAAAUAUGGGCCCAUACCCACCAUAGUAAUACAACAUAAAUUUUCGUCAUUCCAUAUCAAUUAUUUUGGCAUUUCAGACUUUGUUUUAGCCUAGCUUAAACAACGAUAAACCUUGGUUACUAAAUCUAAAUUCUUUACACUUUUUAAAUGGAAAGAAGUGGAUAUUCAUAUUCCUACAAGGACAACGUUUCGGGCUUCCCGCCGAAUGUUGGAGAAAGAUCGGGAGAAAGAGUUAUAACAGAAACGGAAAAGGAGAGGGGUUAUAGCGUAAAAUGUUGUGGCUGCAUUCCGCUAUGUUUCGACAAAACAGAUGGCCCUCUGAUAAGGGGUGAUACUUCUGUCUUUGCUAGACCUAGUGGAUUUCUCAGAUUAUUACAAUUGAUCCCUCUUAUAAUAGCUUUCAUAGCUGUAGAAUUGGCUAAUUGGUGUUUUUUUGGUCUCAGGUCCUAUCGAUUUUUCAGCACGGUCACCAUGACUCUCAUAUGGAUCAACCUCAUAUUUUUUUUCAUUUACCUGUGCCAAUGCCAAUGGAGAAUGAGGUGUUUUGAUUGCUACAUAUUGGACUUUUUGUACCAUGCGAUAGCCAUAACAUUAUUGAUAGUGAGUUCUAUCUUUUUGGCCCUGAACGUAUGCUCAACUGGACACAUCGUCGGCGCAGUAUUCGGCUUCAUAGCUGCGCUGUUGUAUAUGUUAAGUGCCUUUUUCCUAGCUAGAGAAUAUAUGCAAUUCCGAAAAAUGAGGGAACAAGAAAGGGCUUGGAAGAAUUAUAAUAGGUCUACAAUGUCUUCCACGAUCCGAGACGGUCAACAAGGCAGUCCUAAUAGAUUUUACCCAACGCCUCCUCCAAAUAUGAGUAGAGAUCCUAGGGGUAUAUAUGAUCCCUCUCAUCAGAAUCCCAAUUUCGCGCCCCAAUCCAGUCCUACCAGUGUUUACAACCCUGCUUCUAACCCAGAUUAUUACAGAGGAGACUAUUCUAGUCGACAACUACCUCCUAACACGUAUUAUCCCCCUUCGAUCAAUUCCCCAACUAAUUUUAAUCCGAAUAUUAAUAAUCAGCCCAACAUAGGUUUGAGGGAUGCCCCCAGACAAGUACCCAUACAAUUAGAGGAACCAUUGGAUUACUAUACCACCAAGAGACCUUCUUUCUAAAAUGCUUUUUAAAAUAUUUAUUUUUCGAAAACUUACGAGAACAUUUUUUUUUUAUAAAUAAUAUUUUAUACAUUUUUUUUUAUAACAAUUGUUUAUUUUUGAUUAUUUGAUUAUAAAAAUAGUUAUACGAAAUGAUAAAAAGAACCUAAAUUUUUCCGUUUUACCCCGCUCCCCAAAAUUCUUCCAAUUUUAUUAUAUAAUUAUAUUUAAUUAAAAUAUACGACAAAAUAGAAUUAUAAAAGUUUUUUUAAACGCAUGAAUAAUUCAUAAAUUACUUGUGUUUGUAAUAUAAUAUAACCUAUUUUUUUUUUUUGAACGAAACGAAGUAUAUUGUCUCAAAUAAUUAAAAAUUUGUUUUAUAUAUAUUUAUAUUAUUAAAACCUUUAACAAAAAUGUACAUUUAGAAGAGAAAAAUCAAGAAAAUUUAUAUAUUUUUAAUAUAAGAAAUCUGGCACGCGAUAUACGUAAUUCCUUCACUCAUAUAUAAAAUUCUCGAAAAACUUUUUGUCAUAAUAAAAAAAAAAUACAUAUAAAUAUUUCCAUCGAAUU